CAGUCCCCAGGGGAGGGGCCAGUCCCCAGGGGUGGCUAAGGAGUCUGCACCAGCACUUGCUUGUGGGCUGUACUUGAGAAACUGGAGGAGGCCAAGAGGAACCUCUGAGGAAGCAGGUGCGCUCUAGAGGCUUGCAGCCUGGGCCACCUGGCAGCUCCAGGUGCUGUGAGUGUGCUGCCAUGGAGACAGCCCAGGGGCUGGUGGAGAGAAAGCCGUUUCUCAGAGCGUUGGGGAUUCCGGAGAGGAAGAAAACAGAGCCUCAGAACCCGCAGGGUGCUCCACCAGCCCUACUCCAGCCACUGGAGCGCAGGCCAUCCCCUGUGAGGCCACCGGGUGCGUUGUCUGAGGAUGGCUGAACCACAGGGCCAGGAGCUGGCAGCCGAGUGCCCUGUCUGCUGGAACCCUUUCAACAACACGUUCCACACCCCCAAAGUGCUGGACUGCUGCCACUCUUUCUGCAUUGAAUGCCUGGCCCACCUCAGCCUGGUGACUCCUGCCCGACGCCGCUUACUGUGCCCACUCUGUCGUCAGCCCACUGUGCUGGCCUUAGGACAGCCCGUCACUGACCUGCCCACGGAUACGGCUAUGUUGACCCUUCUCCACCUGGAGCCCCACCACAUCAUCCUGGAAGGCCGUCAGCUUUGUCUCAAGGACCAGCCCAAGAAUCGCUACUUCCUGCGCCAGCCUCGGGUCUACACACUGGACUUAGGCCCUGAGCUUGGGAGCCAGAUGGGGCCUCUCCAGGACUUGGGCCCUGCCACCAGGCCUAGGCCCCUCCCUCUCCCCCUCCCCAGUCAUUACUCUCUGAGAGAGUGUUUCCGAAACCCUCAGUUCCGGAUCUUCGCCUACCUGAUGGCUGUCAUCCUCAGUGUCACACUCUUGCUGAUCUUCUCCAUCUUUUGGAGCAAGCAGUUCCUUUGGGGUGUAGGGUGAGUGUGGUAGUCUCAGACAAAGAACCCCACCUUUCUCAGUUGCUGCUGGGGGGUAGGGGACUGCCGAGUCUCACUGGGCAUUGUCAUCCUUGUAGGAUUGCUCAUUUCACAACCCAGGGAUCAGCGAGGCCCUACCAUGAGAGGGGGAGCCCUCCAAGAGGGGUCAUGGAGGGCAGAGAAGGGGUUCUAUGGUGGCAAAGCCAUACAACAAGUUGUGCCAAACGCUGGACAGUAGGACUCAGGAGCUCUGACUAGUCCCCAUCACAAGUGGAAUUUCUCAGUGGAGUGGCUUUGGCUUAGUUCAUGUUGUGUGGAGUUGCUCAUUGCAUUACAAACUGGCUAAAAAAAUAUUUGAAAAGAGAAUGUUGA